UGGCGAUAUCAGCAGUGACCUUUCAAGCAAUUCUUCCAAAUAUCGCACACAUAUCAAUUUUCUGGAGGUUGCGAUUUCAUGUUGACAAACUAAACCAUGGCCGUUAAAAUUUGAAGUUUCUUUUCUUCGCGGUCCCAGUAGCAGCAUAAAUUCAAGUUUGGGAGCAAUGUGGUGGAAUUGGCUGGGCUGGCCCAACUACAUGCGUUGCUGGCGCGACCUGUGUGGCCUAUAUGACAACAGCAACCAUCAGUUUUGUUACCUCUGCCGCCCAAUCGUCCACAUCGAUUCCUGGAACUCAAGCAACGACUGCCGCGGUAUGCUCUGCAUUACCACUUCCAUAUCCCUUAAGGCCAAUUCUAAGCUAAACGACCUGUUCAAAAUGUAUAAUGGAGAUAGGAUAACUACAAAAGAUCAAUUCCAGUACUGGCAAACCGAAAUUUCUCAGCUACUCCAACGAUAUGAGCUUGGAACACUGCCAGGAUGCCCUGCCAGCCUUUUGCCAUUUGUUUCGGGAAAUACAUUGACAAUCAACUGUGGAAACUCUGGAAAGUCAAUGUCAUUGUCCGUAACAAUUACUUAUCCUUCCUCAGGAACGGCUCCCUAUCCUACAAUCCUUGUUUAUGGUGGCGGUAGUCUGCCAGCACCUUCUAGAGUUACCAUGAUUGACUUCAACAAUGAUGAUCUGGCAGCCCAAGUCGGUACUAGCAGUAGAGGUCAAGGAAAGUUCUAUACUCUCUAUCGAAGUGGGCAUUCUGUAGGUGCAACGACAGCAUGGGCUUGGGGCGUCAGCCGAGUAAUUGACGCCCUCGAACAAGUGACAACGGCAAGGAUUGAUACCACAAAAAUUGGGGUGACAAGAUGUUCGCUCAACGGGAAGGAAUCGGGUGCUGGUGAAUCAAUAUGUUGGAGGGUUUUAGAUCCCUUAAAAUAUCAAGGUGCAAAUAUCCAGAUCGAAUCUGAAAUUAUAGGAGAAGAUCCUUGGUUUUCAGCUUCUUUCAACAGUUAUGUUAACCAGGUACCAGUUUUACCAUUUGACCACCAUUCCCUGAGUUGUUUCAGAUGUAUGUCAACGGCACAUAUAGCAUGGCAAGCUCUUGGAGCCUCAGACCACAUGGGCUAUUCUCAGAUUAGAGCUCACGCACACUAUGCCUUCCCAUGGAAUCAAUAA